UCAGUCUAUCAGUUAUUGUAUUGUAUUUAUAUUUAGAAAUAUUCAAAACUUUUUACACUUAUUUUCCAAUAUUUAUUUAUAUUAUUUACGGUUACGGGUACUUAUUAAUUUUCACUAGUCUUUGCGGCAAUAUUAUGGAAUGUGUUGUAGACGACCGUGAUGGUUUGAAGGAUUUUUUAGAAGAAGCAGAACUUCAACAAUAUUAUGAGUUAUUCAGGGACAUAUUGAAAGUAACAAAACUAUCACAGUUAAAGUUUGUUGUAUCAGAAGAUUUGAGCCAAAUAGGUCUGUCCAAACCUGAACAGAGACGUUAUAAAAAAAUAUACUCCAAGUAUUUUCCAAAUCCUUAUAUAUCUAAAAUAAGGAGAUUAUUAAGUACAAGGAAGAGUAAUGAUCCAUAUUUACAGGGACAAAGUUCAAUUCCAUUGGAAUUUCAACCAUUUUCUGAGAACAGUGUCAAAGUUCCUACAAAACACAUCAUAUCUAUCGAAGACAUCACUAUAAAUAAGGAGCUGGGUAUGGGCCAAUUUGGUGUGGUUCAACAAGGAACUUGGACCACGGGAAAUCAAAGACUGCAAGUAGCGAUAAAAUGUUUAGGCCACGAGCGUAUGACUUCAAACUCAACAGAGUUCCUGAAGGAAGCGGCUGUGAUGCACAGUAUAGAACACCCGAAUAUAGUGCGCCUGUAUGGUGUGGUACUACACUUGGAUUCCUUGAUGCUGGUAACAGAGUUGGCGCCGCUGCGUUCACUGCUGGAGUGCCUGCGCGAGGUGUCCCUCCGGUGUAAUUUUCCAGUACCGAAUCUGUGCGAGUUCGCCGAACAAAUCUGUGAUGGGAUGACUUAUCUAGAAAACAAAAGACUGAUUCAUAGGGACUUAGCAGCAAGAAAUAUCUUAGUAUUUAGCAAGGAUAGAGUAAAAAUCUCCGACUUUGGAUUAUCGCGUGCUUUAGGAGUUGGAAAAGAUUACUACCAAACAAAUUAUAACGUUAAUCUCAAAUUACCUGUAGCAUGGUGUGCACCAGAGUGUAUUUUGUAUUUACGGUUUACAUCGUCGAGUGACGUGUGGGCCUUCGGUGUUUGUCUAUGGGAGAUGUUUACGUACGGGUUUCAACCGUGGGCAGCUUUCUCUGGACAGCAAAUACUUGAAGCUAUUGAUGCACCUAAUUUUCAAAGACUGGAACGACCAGAAUGCUGUCCAGAAGCGUAUUAUUCCACAAUGCUCGAAUGUUGGUUGGAUGAUCCAAACAAUCGGCCUAAAUUCAAAGACUUAAGUCCCAAGCUACAGGCUAUUCGACCGGAGCAGGUGCAGACCAGUGUUAACUUUCAAAAACCCGAGGACGGUAGACGCAGUAAUUUUCUCGAAUAUAAAUCCGGUCAAAUAAUUACGGUUCUUGGAAAAGAAAGUAUGACAAAAACAUCAAUGUGGUAUGGAGUGGUACCGGGCGGGGCGUGUGGCAUAUUCGAUCCGAGCCAUACCAAACCAUACACGAGACCGGAGAAACUCUCAAUGGCGGGCUCGCUUUCACCAAACCCGACCCGCAACUCGGCGCGUUCAUCAAUUCGCUCCUCGUUGCUGAGGUCUGAUGUGAAGAGACAUACAUACACCGGCAAACGGAGCAUACAGCGGAAUAUGAUCUCCAGCCCCCAGGGGGAUGUGAAACAUACAGGACACGUGGGCUUGGACGGGGCUUAUUUUGGUGAUAUAUCAUUUUUGGAUCCGGCAGGAUGUCCGCCCCGUCAAGUGGUGACCCCGUACAAGCCAUCCGAAGAUCUGGAGCAAGUGCCCCUCAUCAACCCCAAUUCCCCAUCACACCUAUCCGGUGCAUCAUGCACCCCGCCUUACCCAUUGUUGAGCCCCAAUAGAACCGACCCGAAGAGUGAAUGCGACGAAGUUGAUUUAUCACUUGAAACAAAGACGAAAAGUCUGAAAAAAACAAGUCACAAGACAGUAUCUGAACCCACGACCAGCAAGAGUAUAUUGAAUAAGGUAAAAAGCGCGACAUUAGGUCGUGCCCAUAAGGCGGACGAUGGCGCUGCAAGGACUGAUGAAGUCCAUGAAUAUCAUGAAAUCUCCGAUACAGAUACGGAAAGUACAGCAACUGACACCGCUCGAAUGGAAAAUCUGGUGCUUCCUGAUAGCCCCGGGAUACCCAAGAGCUACGGUGACUUCAGUCAGAGUCUCCUGGAUGAAAUGGAAUCCAUGUUCCGUAGCCUUGAUGGACGACGUCGGGAUGAAACUAGUUCUAACGAAGAGUUGUGGUUACUAGGAAUAAAAUUAUCACAUACACGCCUUGCGUACAAUGUAUUCAGUGAACAUCAAAACAAGUAUUGUAUUGUUAUAGAAUAAUCUGAAAUAUGUUUAAUUUACUCAGGUGGAAAACAUUUGGAUAAUCGGGUCAUAACCAAUAAGGCCUUCGACAUCGACCUCAGUUUAAGAUCGCAUACUCUGUCCAAAGUGGAUAAGAAGAAAAGCUUCCAGACGGGGACUAUGAAACCUAUGUCUGCUCACGACCAAAAGACUUUAGACACCGCUGUAGCUAUGGCCAACGAGAUAACUACCAAGUCAAUGAAUGAUUUGGACGGCGACAACAAGGUGGCGAGCUCGCCGACCGACAAAUCCAAGUUCCACUUCAAGUUCCCGCUCGUGUCGCUGCAUCACAACGUGGUGCAUGAAGCCGACAAAGAUCCAGCUGGUAAACAAGAACGUCGUAACUUCAGCAAGGAAGCCAACAGCGUGCCUGAUAUACAGUCUACAAUAACGGAGCAGUGCAAGUUGGCGUACACGAGCCUCAUCGAGCAGCCGACUCCAUCUUCCUCUCUCAUGACGCACAUGGCCAAGGACUCCGCAGCUUACAAGCCGGCCACCACACCGAAGCCGGCGCCACGCUCCAUCGAAUCUCUGGCGCAGUUCAAAUCACUACAGAAGCAAUUGCCGAUUACUGGGCAAGCAGUGUCAGGAGACGUGGUUGAUCGUGAACCUAAUUCCAACAACCAAAACGAGCUUCCACUGCCGCCGCGGGCUAGCAAGCCAAAAUUGGUCGACAAGCCCCGCCAUAUAAGGAAGUACCCCUUGAAACUGCCCAACAAAACCCCGGACUCUACCGAAACACCCGGUCCACCUAAACCCAUCAUCUACCAGAACACAGCUUAUCCUGUAUUCAAGAAUAGUGGCCGGAAGGACAAACUGGAUGCCGUUGGGGUUGACGUGUUCGAUGGAGUUAAAGCUGUAAAGAUAGAUACCAACCCGUUCAUUAACAAGUCCGCACACAGCUCAGCGAACCCUUUCAACUGUUAUCUGGAGAAUAUAAAGUGUGAAACCGUGGUAAACGAAGUGCCCGAGGAACAGUACUUCGAGGAGGGAUCUUUGGUCAAAGAUUGUACUGACCACGUGUCGGUGGAGGAUCUGCUGGAGUUUGCGGAUCAGAAACCGUGCGGCAGGCAGCGCGGUGUGGAAUCAGACGAAGUCAGGAUCAUGUGUAAAGUGCUCAAACAAGAGGUGACCCCGGAGGAGUGUCUUGAAGCCCUGGAGCUGAGUGACUGGAAUGUGCACCUGGCCAUCAAGCUGAUAAAGGUGAAGAUAGCCGUCGGCGUCGCUGUUCCUCUCGAGGAGUGUUCUGCAGAACUUGCCAAGGCCAACGGGGACAUCCUGAAGGCUUCAGCUGUACUUGUUAUGUGUAGAAAGAACAUGUAAUAAAUGAUAUCAGCUUCUA